AUGGCUGAAUUCGAAGAAUAUUCUUAACGUCAAGGUUUUGGUUAUACAUUAAUUAAACAUUCAAAAUCUGAAAUAAGAAAGAUUUCUGAUCCUAUUUAUGAUUUUAUUUAUUUUGAUCAAACUAUAUGGAAAGUUAUUGAUAAUCCUAUAUACUAAAGAUUACGUAAUAUAAAAUAGUUAGGUACUACUAGUUGGGUAUUUCAGGGAGCUAAUCAUACUAGAUUUGAACAUUGUUUAGGAGUGGGACAUUUAGCAUAAUAAUUCAUAACUUCAAUAUAUAAGAAUUAACCUUAUUUAGAUGGUGAAGAAGAUAAAAGAAGAAAUAUUAAAUUGAUAACAAUUGCUGGAAUUGUUCAUGAUUUAGGUCAUGGACCAUUUAGUCAUAUGUUUGAUAAUUUAUUAAUACCUAAAAUAACUAAUUCUUCAGAUAUUUGGUGUCAUGAAAAUGCAUCAGAAAUGCUCUUUGAUUAUAUGUAUGACAAAUAUAAUCUUGGGUUAGAAAAAGACGAUGUUAAUUUUAUUAAUGCUCUUGUUCAUGGAGACUCGAAUAAAGUUUCUAACGGAAAAAAAUAAUGGUUUUAUGAUAUUGUUUCUAAUAAAAGAAAUGGCAUUGAUGUUGAUAGAGUUGAUUAUAUUAGAAGAGAUUGUCAUCAUCUUGGAUAACCACCUUCUAUUAAAGAUUUUAGUUAUCUUAUGCAAGAAUCUAGAGUUAUUGAUGAUGAAAUAUGUUAUCCAUAAAGAUAUGCAUUCAAUAUUUUUGAUUUAUUCAAUACUAGAUACAAACUCUUUAAAAUUGUUUAUCUUAAUAGAAUUAGCUAAUGCAUUGAAUAAAUGAUUUGUGAUAUACUACUCUCUGUCAAUCACAUAUACAAAUUCGAUUAGAUUAUCAAUCAACCAGAAAAGUACUAUAAAUUAAAUGAUUCCAUCAUUGAACUUAUUGAUAGUGCAGAAGGCCCUGAAUAUACUAAGGCUUAAGCUAUCAUUAAACGAUUAAAAAUGAGAGAGUUAUAUAAAUUUGUUAGUGAAGCCUUAGUUCCCUCCUCUACUAUUCUAGAAUCUAAUGAUAAAAUUAAAGAAGAGUUAUACACCUAUCUCCCUUCAAAUGCUUAAGUUAAUAUUGAUGAAAUUUAUGUUUCAUAAGGUAAAGUGGGAUUUGGUUCUAAUAACAAUGAAAAUCCUAUAAAUCUUGUUCAUUUUUAUAAAGGAUCAGAUCAAGAUCUCAAAAUCUAAGGAAAUGAUACAACCACAAGCUUUUGUUUACCAAAAUCAUUCUCUGAAAAAUUUAUUAGGAUUUUUGUUUCAAAUGUUUAAAUAAUUUAAUAUAUUGAAAAGGCUUUUGAUUUAUAUUGUAAAAAUAAAUUAGGUUAUAAACCAAUAAAUCAGGAUAGAUAUUAAACACCUGAAAAACCUAUUACAGACUUUUCUUAAAUUAAUAAAUUUUGA